AUGAUUUGGAUGCGGUUGCACAAGGCUUACAUGACUGUUGGAGAAUUGAAACGAGCAGCGAUAAGACUGAAGAGGACUUUACCAGGCGGAUCAUCGAGGGAAGGUGAUCGGGACACCAGAAGCAAGGUAACAAAGCCGGGUCAGAUUGAGAGCAAUGCCCGAAUGGCCGCAGAGGAGGAGGAGCAAAUUCAGCCCAGAGACAGUCCCGAUCCACAGGAAUACAUGGCCAUCGCCCAAGGGUUAUCUCAAUUACCCCCUCAACUGAACGCUCGGGGCCUGGAGGAGAUUUUGGGUCCAUUUCCAAAUGAAACAACCUGCCGGGUGAUUGAUUGGGUGAAGGAGGAGGUUAAACGCCAGAGUGGAAACACAGAGAGUGAAGCUGGUAAAAGGAGCCUCCUGAACACAUUGCACUACCUGUUUGAGUCUCAGAAUCGUGGACUGGCUCAGGCCGUACUGGGAUCUGUGGAAUCACUUUCAUUCCGUGAAAUGACACUGACCCCAAUUGACUGUGCGGUCCUGUCGCAUGUCAUCGGACUCUGUGAUACAAUAAAACACCUCGUCCUGGAGAAAUGCCACAUUCAGUGUGAAGGAUUCCAGCGGCUGGGACCCGGGCUGCACAAGUGCCUGGACGUGAGACUUCGGGAGAAUGACGUGGGAGAUUCAGGAGUGAAACUGGUGUCUGCGGUUCUGAGGAACCCGGAGUGUAAAAUAAACAAAUUGGAGCUGAGGGGAGUCGGUCUCACAUAUUCUGGUGCCGAGGAUCUCGCCUCCGCUCUCAGUACAAACCCAUUACUGACAGAGCUGUACCUGGGUGGUAAUAAACUGGGAGAUUCAGGAGUGAAACUGGUGUCUGCGGCUCUUAGGAACCCGGAGUGUAAAAUACAGAAACUGGGGCUGGACAAUGUCGGUCUCACAGAUUCUGGUGCCGAGGCUCUCGCCUCCGCUCUCAGUACAAACCCAUCUCUGACGGAGCUGGACCUGAGUUAUAAUAAACUGGGAGAUUCAGGAGUGAAACUGGUGUCUGCGGCUCUGAGGAACCCGGCGUGUAAAAUACAGGAACUGUGGUAA